AUGUCCGAAUUCCCCAGCCUCAAGCCCGCUUUCACCAUCCAGAUCGAACUCGAUGCCCCGCUAGCAGUCGGCACCGGAGUCCGCGAUACCAACCUGCAGGUUAUUCCUUUCAGCAAAGGUGUUUUUAAGACUGCAGAGGGCUUCGAACCAGCCUUCGAGGCGCAGGUUGUGGGCACCGGCAACGACUACAUCCACGCCGACCCUGAUGGAAAGCAUAUGCGCCUGAACGCUAAUGGCGUUAUCAAAACCCAGGAUGACGCCCUCAUCUACGUGAACUACACUGGCGUCGUUACACUCGGUGAAGCAGAGCAGAAAGUCCUCUCCGGAACAGCGGAGGAGGGAAGCACGCCAUUUGGGAAUUCUUUCACGCACCUUACUGUCGAGACCGGCCACGAACGCUACAAGGACCUCGAGAACCGUGUCUUUGUCGGCAAGGGCCGCUUCAAUGUGCAGAAGGGAAAGCCGGUUGUGGUCGAGUACCGGGUUGCUCAAGUUGUGCAUGCUUAAUUGAGUACUUUUGAGGUUGAGCUCGAUAGGCACUGUACUGAGCAGGGAUACCUGACAAAGUAAAGAAUGGCAUGAAAUGAGCU